UUAUGAGUUGAACUGAUUGACGCGGUGAGAAGUAAAAAAAGAACGAUGAUGGAAAAGGAAAAAAAGGGGGAAAGAAAGGCUGGCUGACAUUCCGUACAAAUUAUAGUUGAUGGAUGAAAAAUAAGGAAAAAGUGCGUUGCUAAAAAAGCGUACCUAAAGUAUAUAAGUUCCAAUUUUUUCUAAAAAAAUUUUUUUUCUUUAUUUUUCGAUUAGAUACUCUAAAAUACAUCAAUUUUAUGUGUAUUUGUUUGUAUGAAUUCUACAACAACAAAAACAUCAACAAAAUCAACUAGCAACAAACCUAACGGACCAAUUAAUGAAUAUAUAACUACCACAACUGUGAUAACAAACGAACCAACUUCAACUACUAGAAUGGCUACAACAACAGUUUCUACUACUUCUACUUCUGCACCACAAGUUACUCCACGUGCUACUUUUAGAGAUUUAUGUUCACUUUUUUGUUGCCCUCCAUUUCCUUCUUCUAUUGUUGCUAAAUUGGCUUUUAUGCCACCUGAACCGAGUUAUCGGAUUUUGACUAGUGAUACUGGGAGGUUUGUUUUUUUGUUUUGUUUUUUUUAUUACCUUUGGGCUUCUAAAUCUUUGAGCUUGAAAAAAAUUUUUUUGCGGACAAAAAUUUUGUCCGCAACUUUUUUGCGGACAACCUUUUAA